AUAACAGCACAGCACACAGCUGUUAACUAACGUUGCUGUGUCCGGAGUAACGGUGCAAUUAAACAACUAGCUACUGCUACUACCGGGGUGGACCGUUAGCGGUCCCUAGCCCGCAGUUUGAGAACCGCUGUCCCGGACUGGCCGACCUCUGCUCUCCGGCUCUUCUCCUCCGACUCCUCCUCUCUCUCUCAGCACCAACACACGAGCGACCGAACCCCAGCCAGCCUGGCUGCCGCCACACCGCAGCCCCCUCCCGCUCCUGCCUGUAUGCCUUCGCCAACCCACAAACCGGACUCCAUACUACUCCUGUGCCACGCGAACCCACCACACUCACGCCAAAUGUACUCCUAGUUUUGCCGGAAGAAAAACGAAAAAAAAAGAGACUCCAACUUGAAAAGUACAAUAGGAAGUUAAAGUUGUAGCUGUGCUAUCGGAUAAGUUCUUCGCCCCCCAGUUUUCGGCCCCGCGGUGAGGCAGGACCGCAAGGGCUGGCCAGGGAGGGGGUGGGGGGGGGGAGAGAAAGGAGACCGUAUGAUGUGGAUCUGGUACUUUCUGCUUGGUUCGGGGUCAGGCUUAAGAACUGUUGAGAGCCAGCUGCUCCCGGGGAAUAACUUCACCACAGAGUGCAACAUCCCUGGAAUCUUCAUGUGUGGGGAUGGGAAGUGUGUCCCAGGUGGGUGGCAGUGCGACGGAUUGCCCGACUGCUUUGACAAGAGCGACGAGAAAGGCUGUCCUAAGGUCAAGUCAAAGUGCGCCCCUUCAUUCUUCGGCUGCGCCAAUGGCGUCCACUGCAUCAUCGGACGCUUCCGCUGUAACGGCUUCAGCGACUGUCCUGACGGGAGCGACGAGGAGAACUGCACAGGCAACCCAUUGGUGUGCUCGGAGGCUCGCUUCAAGUGUCGAAACGGCCACUGUGUAGACCGGAGCUUCUUGUGCAACGGCCAGGACAACUGUCAGGACAACAGCGACGAGGAGCUCUGCCUCACUACAGCAGAAGCGCCGGGGCAAGACUUUGUGACACUGGACUAUCGUCUGCGCUACUACCCGAGCAUCACCUACGCCGUCAUCGGCAGCGCCGUUAUCUUCGUCCUGGUGGUUGCGUUGCUGGCCUUGGUGCUCCAUCACCAGAGGAAGCGGAGUGUCCUGCUGCCCAGAGGCGUAAGAGGGAGCUCGCACCACCACCACCAGCCCCUGCUGCUGUCCCGUCUGGUCAUUUUGGACCGGGGCCACGUCCACCCCGGCGGUCAGGGUCUCUCCCCCGGCUCUCCCACCACAGCGGGCCCGUACAGCUCAACUCCUCAGGCACUGCAGCUGCUCUCUGGGACCCUGUAUCCCUCUGGACUCUCCAUGGACUCCCCUCCAUCAUACUCACAAGCUGUUCUGGAUGUCAGUCGGCCUCCCUGGUUUGAUCUCCCUCCUCCCCCAUACCUCUCAGAUGGGGAGCUGCCUCAAUACGAGGGCCCCCAAGACCCUUUGAGCCCCCCGACAGCGCAUCCCUCUCCACCCGCCACACCCAGAACUGUGGCCUUAGGCACGCAGCCGAGUCCAAGCUCCAGAGAGGAGUCGGACCAGCUGUAGCCUCUCUCUCGUAGUAGAACUAGUUAGAACUCAAAGAGACUGCAGGACCGAAGGACCAGGCUGCAGGGCCAUGUGAAGCCAGGACAGUCCACAGCAAAGACCUGCCGAGGAGAGCCACCAGGGACUAAGGGACUGUAGACGUAACAAUGUCCUAAACCUGCUGCCUACUCACUGGCCUACUGACGAGCUCUUCCUGCUAGACUGAUCUUGUAUGCUGGCUCCCCCUGCUGGGGCCAUGGCUGCACUACACCUUAAUCAGUUACACAUUCAUUCAUUUUACAACAAGCUAAGUUCAGUUGAACUGUGCUUCCUUUGAAUAAAUACUGUACACGAUACCUAACAGUGACCACAACCUGCAUCUCCAGAGACGUUAACAUACGUUCAUUAACAUAUGCAUUAACAUAUCUUGAUGAUAGCAAAAUGUGGCACCUGAAAUGUUCAUUGUGUUAUUGUAUAAUCAUGAUAGAGUGAUGUUAUUCUUCUUUGUGUAACACUUUGACAGCAUUGAGUCAAAGUCAUGCCCCAUGAGGCAGUACUCCUCACUGUAUUUCACAUUUCACACCUACAUUUUAAAGGAUGGGGUGUAUAAGAAAUCUGUAUUGUGUUCAAAUUGUGAAAUACCCGAACGCUAGAUCAAAUUCUGUACUGUUGAUGAUUACUGCUACAUUUGAUGACUUACAGUACUUAUAUCAGUUUUAGCAAUGACAUGUUGAUGCCUUAAUUCUUACUGAAGUCGAAACACUUUUAAGUCGAUAAAUGAAGAGGAAACAGUAGUGAUGUGUAAUUUUUAAUAGUUUAACAGAAACACAUACAGUUGUGAUAUACAAGAGCAGCUCUUACAGAGGUACUAAAAAAAAAUCAGUUUUGAUAGUGUUGAUAUGAACAAGGACCUGAUUAUAUGGCUACAGUGGACUGGUUAAAGUAAAAAAAGAAAUAACAUUUUGUAACUUCUGUAGUGGUACUUAAAACUAAACCCAGAUCAGUGAAGUGUUGAGAAGAAGUUCAGAUAUAUUUCUAGAUGAGCACUUGAGGUCUUGUGCCUUUUUCACAGUAUUUUCCACAAUAUGUCUUGUUAUUUGUUUAAAUUCAAGGUAAAAAAUGUGAAGAGGACCAUAGAGAUUUCUUUUUUUAAAUAAUGCUAAGUAUAUAUCCUUACCAAUUGAGUUUCAUAAAUCAUUCCUGUAAGCAGAAAAAUCACCUCUGUUGGCAAAGAUAACUUUUUGUUUUUAAUUACAGUUCUGUUUGAAGACCAAUAAUGUUUUUAUGUAGACACAAAAUAAAUCCAAAUGAUUUUGUUGAGGCCUUAUUGGGUGCCAGUUUGGCCCUUAGUGCCUUUGUAUGUGAUAUGUUUGUGGGCACAAAUGGCCUAUUUAGUACCUCUAAAAACAGCCGCGUGAUAAGCUCACAUGAUGACACACACAUUUAAGAAUAUCAUGCUUUAGAUCAGAUUGUUCAAAUUUUGCUUGAGAUUGUUUAAUGUAUAUAACUCUGUGUCAUUCUAGAGAAUCAUCCUCAGUAGUAUUCGACAAUGACUGAUGAAAUCCAUAUCUGAAGGAUCUGUGUUUAUAAUUGUACUAUUGUCUUUUGACCUUUGUUCGUUCAUGUCAAACUUAGUGUUCAACACUGUACAUAGGAGAUAGGGGAAGCAUAGAAAUAUAUUUAAAAGUAGAGUGUAAAGUGCGAGAUGAUUGUGUAAAUGUCGUCCUUUGCAUCUUUCUUUUCCUGCAGAGCCAGCACUGAUAAUGCAGGCACAAGAAAAACAAUCAAACCAAAGAGAAUCAUUAUUAACCUUAACCCAAGGAUAUUACCCUCCAAAGGAAUGAUUAUGUGUCACAGCUGUUUGUACAUUUAUUAUAUUAAAAUGUGCAAAGGCUUAUUUAGUAAAACAGAAUUCCUGUUAUUUGCUGUAAAACUGGAAAAUAUUUCUCAGGACUAAAUUGAUACCAGUCUGUCUGUUGUUUAUAUCUAGGAAUGUUUAAGAUCAAAUUCCUUUUUUUGUUCUGAUUUGAUCUUAUGAGAUUUAUUUACGUAUGUGUGAUGUUGCCCAUCAUGAUCUUUUUAUCCCUUGUAUUCUGUGUAUUGAAAGUAAUAUGAAAUUCUGGUUCAGA